CUUGCCCGGUCCUGCGGAGGCUGCGCCAUGGAGCCCUCCCACGGCCGCCCCACCAUCGUCUCGCCCUCGCCACCUGUGGAUUUUGUCUUGGGCGCUGCGGCGUGCUGCAUGGCCUGUGUGUUCACCAACCCGCUGGAGGUGGUCAAGACGCGGCUGCAGCUGCAAGGGGAGCUCCGCUCACGGGGCACGUACCCCCGCCACUACCGAGGGGUGCUGCAGGCCAUGGUGGCCGUGUGCCAGGCCGACGGGCUCCGGGGCCUUCAGAAGGGGCUCACGGCUGGACUGCUGUACCAGGGGCUGAUGAACGGUGUGCGCUUCUGCUUCUACUCCCACGCGGAAGACGUCGGCUUGACCCAACAGCCGGGCGGAACCAUCGUGGCCGGAGCCGUGGCUGGGGCGCUGGGAGCCUUUGUGGGCAGCCCGGCCUAUCUGGUCAAAACGCACCUCCAGGCCCAGACCGUGGGCGCCAUCGCUGUGGGGCAUCAGCACAACCACCAGAGCGUCUCUGGAGCUUUUGAGACCAUUUACAAGAAGCAGGGGCUCCUGGGCCUGUGGCGAGGGGUGAACGGGGCCGUGCCCCGCGUCAUGGUGGGCUCGGCCGUGCAGCUGGCCACCUUUGCCUCUGCCAAAGAGUGGGUCAGGAAGCACAAGUGGUUCAAGGAAGGCAGCUGGAUGGUGGCCCUGGCCGGUGGCAUGAUCAGCAGCGUGGCUGUGGCUGUGGCCAUGACACCCUUCGACGUGGUCAGCACCAGACUCUACAACCAGCCGGUCGAUGAGAUGGGCCUGGGCAAGCACUAUCGCGGUUUCCUCGACUGCUUCAUGCAAGUCUCCAGCAAGGAAGGCGUCCUGGCACUGUACAAAGGCCUGGGCCCAGCUUACCUCCGCCUGGGACCUCACACCGUUCUCAGCCUCCUCUUCUGGGACGAACUGAGGAAAUUCACCUACCAGCACCUGGGGACCUGAUGGGCUUCCCCCCAGGCUCUUGAAGGACGUUGGCAAAUUCUUUCUCUCCGCUGCUCGGAUGCUGGAGCCAGAACUGGGGCAGGGGGGAUGUCACCACUUUUCCAGGAUAACCCUGUUAUCCAGUGGGGACAUUUUGCCCAGCCCGUUCCAGUGGACUGGUUUCGUCCGUGAGGCUAGAGAAAUGGGCUUCUGCUCCCGAGGGGUGUGGGGCAUCCCCCUUCUUGCCUCCUCAGCAGGGUAGGUACUGGUGUCUCCUCUCCUCACCUCAUUCUCUCAUGUUUUAAAUGGCGAUGGGCACCGUUUGUGCCCUUCUCAGAGAGGUGGCAGCCAGGAAGCAACUUCAAGUCUUCAAAAAAGCUUGAACCCCUCCGUGCACUCCUGUCCCACAGGGCAUGUCGCUCCAGCCAUGACCUUUUUGGGAUGCUGAGGAGCCGAGGUCCCAUGCUCCGUUGCAUCUUCGCAGUGUACGAAACGUCUGUGCGACGCGGACUGGCAUUUCGCUGGCUUUGGAUAUUUUCCGGCUCGACCCACGCUCCCUGUGCCCAGAUACCAGGGUAACGGGCACUGGACUUUGCAGUAGACCAAAGAGCAAAGAGGGGUGAGAAGGCGUGGACAGGGGGUGCCCCCUGCUGUGCGGGGAGGGACGUGCCAGUGUUUCCUGGAGCGCGGCCCUUCAGCUGGUGCAAUGGGACCCAAGACCCAACCUGUGGCGGGUUGUCCCAGGGCCACCACCGCCAUUUGGUCUGUCUUUUUGCAGAGGAGAAGCAAGAGAAUAAAGUAGAAAGGGCCUGGAGAGAGAGAGGAGGAGGAGGAGAAAGCAGAGGCAGACAGCAAAGAGCACAAGGAAAAGACACACGGAGUGAAAGAGGAAGUUGCAAGGAGCAGGUUAGGGUUUGGA